CAUCAUUGUUGCCAUGUCAACUUUAUCACCAUUGCUGCCAUGUCAACUUUAUCACCACUGCUGCCAUGUCAACGUUAUCACCAUUGUUGCCAUGUCAACGUUAUCACCAUUGCUGCCAUGUCAACUUUAUCACCAUUGCUGCCAUGUCAACUUUAUCACCAUUGCUGCCAUGUCAACUUUAUCACCAUUGCUGCCAUGUCAACUUUAUCACCAUUGCUGCCAUGUCAACGUUAUCACCAUUGCUGUCAUGUCAACCUUAUCACCAUUGUUGCCAUGUCAACUUUAUCACCAUAGCUGCCAUGUCAAUGUAUCACCAUUGUUGCCAUAUCAACUGUAUCAUCAUUGUUGCCAUGUCAACUUUAUCACCAUUGCUGCCAUGUCAACUUUAUCACCACUGCUGCCAUGUCAACGUUAUCACCAUUGUUGCCAUGUCAACGUUAUCACCAUUGCUGCCAUGUCAACUUUAUCACCAUUGCUGCCAUGUCAACUUUAUCACCAUUGCUGCCAUGUCAACGUUAUCACCAUUGUUGCCAUGUCAACUUUAUCACCAUUGUUGCCAUGUCAACGUUAUCACCAUUGCUGCCAUGUCAACUUUAUCACCAUUGCUGCCAUGUCAACGUUAUCACCAUUGUUGCCAUGUCAACGUUGUCACCAUUGCUGACAUGUCAACUUCAUCACCACUGCUGCCAUGUCAACUUUAUCACCAUUGCUGCCAUGUCAACUUUAUCACCAUUGCUCCAUGUCAACGUUAUCACCUAUCAACAUUGUUGACAUGGCAACUUUAUCACCAUUGUUGCCAUGUCAACGUUAUCACCAUUGUUGCCAUGUCAACCUUAUCACCAUUACUGCCAUGUCAACUUUAUCACCACUGCUGCCAUGUCAACGUUAUCACCAUUGCUGCCAUGUCAACGUUAUCACCAUUGUUGCCAUGUCAACUGUAUCACCAUUGCUGCCAUGUCAACGUAUCAUCAUUGCUGCUAUGUCAACGUUAUCACCAUUGUUGCCAUGUCAACUUUAUCACCAUUGCUGCCAUGUCAACGUAUCACCAUUGUUGCCAUGUCAACUGUAUCACCAUUGUUGCCAUGUCAACGUUAUCACCAUUGCUGCCAUGUCAACGUUAUCACCAUUGUUGCCAUGUCAACUUUAUCACCAUUGCUGCCAUGUCAACUUUAUCACAAUUGUUGCCAUGUCAACUUUAUCACCAUUGUUGCCAUGUCAACUCUAUCAUCAUUGUUGCCAUGUCAACUUUAUCACCAUUGCUGCCAUGUCAACUUUAUCACCACUGCUGCCAUGUCAACGUUAUCACCAUUGCUGCCAUGUCAACGUUAUCACCAUUGUUGCCAUGUCAACUGUAUCACCAUUGCUGCCAUGUCAACGUUAUCACCAGUGUUGCCAUGUCCCCAUUGUCCCCUGAAGGAGAACCUCGCAUUGUGCUGGGGACUUUCAAUCCCAAUACCAAUAUGCAGCCAACUUUACCCACUUAUACAAAUACCAUUUUCAUGGUUUCAGAAAUUGCUGGGACAUUUUCGAAAUUAAUGUGUUUUUACAAUAUAACAAUACGUGCACAUUAGAAAAUAUCUAUGUAUUUUUAUAUCUAACUAAAUCGUGUAAGUAAACUAAAAUGCAAAAUGCAAUAGUGGCUUGGUUUAUGUAGCAGACUAUUAGAACUGAAACAGCAAAAUACCUCCUCUCAUUAAUGUCACAUUAUACAUGCUUUUGUCCUAAUUUUUCAUAAUUUUCAUUUGAAAUUAUGAAAUCUGAGAUGUUUUGACCUUGCUGAUAUGUGAAGGCUCUUGUCACAUAAAGUGCAGUAUAAGUCUUUGGCUGUGUGAUUGAAUAUGCCAGUCUUUGUGUUGAAGAGCCUAUAGCAAUACUGACAUUGUAGGGGCUUUAGUCCAGUGUGGGUCAAGCCAUGCUCUUCAAUGUUUGACUCCUCAUCAAGCCUGCUGUUGCAGAC